AUCAUUGUAAAAAAAAAAAGAAAAUAAUCAGCUCAGCUUACGAAAAUUUAUCGUGUGAAUGUUGUAAAUUAUAUUAUUUCAAAGCAGACCUCUGGCCUCAGCCAUUGGAUCAAAAUUGUACUGGUGGUUAAGAAAUUAUUUAUAUGUUGCUGCAGUUGAUAUUAGCGCCGAUAUGGCAACCCAUGAAGGAUCAAUUGAGCCUGUUUCGGGCUCUGGCAACGGGCGGACGGAUACCGGGCACCAAUCUGGUACUGAUGCCGGUACCAGGCGGCAGAUGUCGCUUUGACCUAAUCGAACACAUUAUGAUGGCCCUCGCCGGCGCCUGGCUGGUGUUCCGUGUCAUCUGCUGUGAACUGGCCAUCGAGGAUAGGCAGCCGCCGGCCAUGAGACGGCAGCGCAAGAACGCCAGCAAUGUGCGACAAACGGAAGCGGAAACAACCACGGCGUGCUCCAUUGAAGCCAACCAUAUUAUGUUGGUGCAGCAACAAAAGGAGCCGGUGCCGGAGACAGACGCAUUGCUUGAGACGGAGGAGAUGUUCUAUUGGGGCUGCCAGCGGUUGCGCAGACAUCAACCGAUACUUAAAUUUACGCGCACUCAACUAGACAAAUUGUUGCGCUUGGAGCGGAAUGCUGAUGACUACGACGACAACGACAACGACGACGUUGAUGAUGAUGAUGAUGAUGAUGAUGAUGUUGUUGAAGAAGCAGAUGAUGAAGCAGAUGGAAAUGAUGCUGAUAACAAUGUCGAUCCCGAUGACAACAAAACAGAGAAUUUAAAUAGUGAACAAAAUAGCAUAGUUAAUCCGUCAGCGUACGUCGAAGAUUUCGAGGCGCAUUGCAAUUCCACAAGAAAUCCAGCCGCAGCACAAGAGAAACAUGUAGAAUUGAGAAGAGUGUAAGAUGAUGCCCAAUUGUCUGCAUAUGUGAGUGUGUCUGUGCCGCUAUGUGUGUGUGUGUCUCUCUGUGUGUGUGUAUAUAUGUGUGUUUGUGUCUCAAUUUUGUUGAGCGCGGGUGAGGCUGUUAGUGGAGCUGUGUGUGUGUGUGUGUGGGAGGGUGAAGGGCAAACCAAAUAAUAAUGCUAAGCGUAGCGGGUUCAUGUUGCUGCCCCACCAAAAGGAGAACGAACUCGGCACGCGCUCACACAUACACAUACACACAUGCACAUGCAUGCAAAAAAACAAACACAAACACACACACACGCAUACAGUACACAAACCAAACGAAAGAAACGGCAAGAAAUUUUCUCGCUGUGCACAAUAUUUUGACAACGGAAGACUUCAAUACAAAUUGUUAUAAUUCAUAUGCUAUUAUUGGAAUCAUACAACAAUUAUUCCACUACAAAAAAUGCAUGUAUCAAAACUCAAGCAUUGACUCUCUCUCUCUCUCUCUCUCUUUAAUAUGUAUGCGUGUGAGUGAACCGUUACUUCAAAGUGCCGCCCCUGUGUUUGACGUUCAUAAGCUACAAAAUAUAUACAACUUACAACAACUAGCGGCAAUUACAAACACAAACAACAGUAAUUAAUUAUAUACAUAUGUAUGUAUAUGUACAUAGAGCGGGGCAAGAGUGUGCGUAUGUAUUGUUUUGUUUUCGUUUUCCUAUUGCACUCUCGCUAUUUACGCAAAUAUGUAGUAACUGUUACUUAAGCUUCGAGUUGAAAAGCUUUCAAACACAUUCAUUCACCGGCAAACAUAGUGGGGAAGAGUA